AUGUCUGACCACAGUCCUCAAACUUUAGAUGAUAGGGAUGGUAGUAAUCGCAACUUCAACAGAGAUAGAGAUGAUCGACCUAGUUACCGUGGCGGACGUACGAUGUCUCUUCUAGUACGCAACCUCAAAUAUGAAACUACUCCAGAAAUACUUCGUGAGGCAUUUGAAAAGUUUGGACCCAUUAGGGACGUAUAUAUACCUUUGGAAUAUUAUACUAAGAAGCCUCGCGGGUUUGGAUUUGUUGAGUUCCACGAUUUUAGGGAUGCCAAUAUGGCGCUGAGGGAAAUGGAUGGUGGAGAACUUGAUGGCAACAAAAUCGAGGUUUUUGCGGCAAAGAGGGGGAGAUCAGACCCAUAUCAGAUGAAAUACCGCGAGCGACGAGUUAGGAAUACAUACAGACGCAGUCGCAGCAGUUCUAGAGGCAGAAGAUCCAGAUAUCGAUCCAGGAGUAGAUCUGGCGACAGGAGAAAUGGCUACUCUAGGAGAUAUGACCGGAGACCCAAUAGGUACUCCAGGAGCAGGUCUCCUCAACGGAUUAGUUAUGAUAAUCGUAGAUCACAUUCCGUGGCAUCCAGGAGGUCAAGAUCCUGA